UCAUUCUAAAACGCCAGCCGAUAUUACAACAACAAGAACAACACAGCAAAUGCUUAAUCGGAGUUACAAAUAUACUUUUAUACUGCAAUAAGGAACAAUUAUUUGAGGAAUCAACAAAAGGAGAAAGGAAGGAAGACUUAAUUUUUCUAGUAUUUGGAAUGAAAUACAUACAUACAGUCAAAAGAUUUACUUCAGUAUGAUAUUAGAAAGCCAAAAGCUUUUAAACACGUAUCACUGAGACCCAAGCAAGUGGCAAUUCAACGGAGCAAACAUCUAACAAUUUAUAACGAAUAUUUGUCCUCGCAUUGAAUAAAGACAUCUUAUUCAAAAUUUGUGACAAGCGCAUGAAAAAGUAACCAUACUUACAAACAAAUAAUAUGAUAAGAAAAGCAAGCUAAAUAAACAGCUUCCAAGCAUAUCAACCGAACUACACUGCAUAUUUGACAAAAAAAAAAUAGAAACCUAGGAAGUGACCUAGUCUAGUAAAGGCAAGUGAUAAGCGAAAGGUCGAAUAAAACUAGAAAAAAACGAGAGCAGUCACGAGGACUGAACAAAUGUAUAUCACUAAUAGCAGCAACAUUGGUAUGGCCACGUUGUUGCAACAGAAUAAGGCUACUUGCAUGAAGACUCUUAUCAAUGGCGGUGGUAAUGGCAGCAGUAACGGCAAUCCGGGAAGCAACGUCAACAACACAGGUAUAGUUGUUGGUAGUCUCGUAAGUGGUGUUGGGGCCGGAACAUCUCAGGUCGGUGGUGCAAGUCUUGCAACUGUCGUUGGCGCCAGUGGGGCGUCAAAUAUUGGUGGUCUUGGUGCUAGCGGUGUUGGAAGUAACAUAGUGUUGUCCACAGGACAGGCCAUUGUUCUGACAAAUGGUGCAACCGGUGCUAGUAGUAUCAUAAACUAUCAACAGUAUCAACAGUUGUUGCAACAACAGCACCAGCACCAGCAGCAACAACAACAGCAACAAAUAAACUCAACAAGUUCGGGUCUCAGUACAGUUGCCACAACCACUACAGCAUCGGGUGCCCGGGUUUUAAUGCCGCACGAAAUGGUUACGCUUCCGAUUAGUAGUAUUGUAACGACGAGCGGUGGUGGCUUAGCACUGAUAACCAGCGCCAACACAGGUGGAGGAAGUGGCACGCCGACGCAAGGACAUUUCUUGGUGGCAGCAACUGCCAGUCCCGCGGUGCAUCCCAUCCAAACGACCACGAUGGUCUCUACUGGCGGUAGUAUUAGUAGCUUCCAGCAACAAUUCCAACAGCAAAUAGCCGCACAACAAACAACUACGAGCAACAAUGUAGUGACAUCUGCUCCAACUAGCCGUGCAACAACUACAAUUUAUACUCAACAUCCAACCACUUCAGGCAUUGUCUCAACAGUGCCUACAACACGUUAUUUUUCGCAAUUCAGCAAUCAGCAACAACCAACGUCCAGCAUAAGUACCGGGACUACAACAUCAACAAUUGUUGCCACAAAAGCUACUGGCAACCGAACUACUCACGUACUCAUAAAUCGCUCCAAUAACACUAUAAUCGCUGGUAACACUACACAACGCCUGCAGCAUGCUAAAAUUUUGAAUAAACCACCGACAAAUAUUGCAGCGACCGCCGUUAUCGCUAAUAAGUCUCAAAUUAAUCAUAAUUCUCAUUCUCCUGCCAUACAAGCUGUGAAGCUGCAACAACAACCACUGCGCCAAAACAUUUCGGCCUUGCAACAAAUUAGACAACAAACGCAACAGCAGCAGCAAAAACAACAACAACAACAACAACAAAAGAUACAACUAGUUAAGCCCAUCGUUCACAGUAGCAAUGCGGUGACAGUGACGGCCACGAAAACAACAACAGUAGCCAACAUGGCUGCGACUUCACGCAAUCUAUCGACUGUUACGCAAGUUAACGGUGUUCCCAAUUUAGUUCCUAACAGCAACAGCAUCACCACCACCAAGAGUGGAACUAUGACAACAUCCACAUCGGCAACUUUAUCAGUGAAAACGUUACCAACUGCAGCUGUAUUCCCGCAAAAGCAGCAACAGUUGCAGUUGCAGGCCCAACAACAAAUGCAUCAACAACAUAACCAAAACCAAAUUCAACAACGUCAAUCUCAGCAGCAGGGACAAUCUGAGGAACAUAAACACGUAAUUGCCCACUCUCGUACUAUACCCGCCACAUCUCUGCCUGCGACAACAGUUGCUGCCACACCCGAUGGCACUGCCAUCACGGAAGCUGCUGAGCCUGAGGUUGAACCGGAGAUUGACAUUGUCAUCAACAACGUGGUUUGCUCGUUCAGUGUGCGAUGCCAUUUGAAUCUGCGUGAUAUUGCUCUCAAGGGUCUCAAUGUGGAGUAUCGUCGCGAGAACGGUAUGGUGACAAUGAAGCUGCGAAGACCUUAUACGACUGCGUCCAUCUGGUCAUCAGGUCGAAUCACCUGCACAGGUGCCACAUCUGAAGAACAGGCGAAAAUUGCAGCACGCCGUUAUGCACGCGUCCUUGAAAAACUUGGGUUCCGUGCCCGUUUUCACAAUUUCCGAGUAGUGAACGUACUGGGCACAUGCAGCAUGCCGUGGGCCAUUAAAAUUUUAAACUUCUCUGAAAGGUACAAGAAAGAGGCGAGUUACGAGCCCGAAUUGCAUCCAGGUGUUACAUAUAAAUUGCGCUUUCCAAAGGCUACUUUGAAAAUUUUCUCCACCGGCAGUAUUACUGUGACGGCUGCUAGUGUUGCUAAUGUGCAGGCUGCUAUUGAACAUAUCUUCCCACUGGUCUACGAGUUUCGCAAAAAACGCUCACCCGAAGAGUUGGAACAGUUGCGUAUUAAGCAACAACAGGCGGCUUUGGUUGACACUACUGAAUUGGAGGAGGUGCUAGAUAGCGAUAUUGUCGUUGAAACUACCCAAAGUGUGCCAACAUUACAGCGCAGGCGUUCAUGCAAUAACGUAAUCAAUAAUUUUAAGCAAAAGCGUAGAAGACUGGGCAGUGAUGCCGAAGAUGGAACGUUAGCAGCUGCUGAAGAAGUUGACGAUCCUGAGGCAAAAGAAACCGAUGAUAAUAUUGUUAUGUACGAUCCGGACGAUUUAAUUGAAGGACCUGAUGAUGAGGAAGUAUAAAUGCGAUAUGCGAUGUGUUUCUCUCGUUGGUAGAGGGGAGUGUUAAAAAGCAUUCAUGCUGUUUGAUUAUGUAUUAUGGUUUCAACAAAAUUUCUAUACAUAAUGUAAUGUUUUAUCUACGAGAAGAAAAUGACUUUACUACAAAUAGUAAUAAUGAAACGAAAUACGAAUAACAACAAAAUAAAAACAUAGAAUACUUAUAUUGUAGAAUGAAUGAUACGAAUUGCAUAAAAAUGCAAGCGAAUUGAUCAGCGAAUUCAUUCAGUUUGACGCCUUACAAAUUGCAUAUUAGAAGAAAAACUUGAACACAUCAGAAACCAAAUCAAAUCAAAUCUAAUCAAACAAAUGCAGUUUAUCGUUAAAAAUACAACACAUUAAAAACUGGACGAUAAUGAUAUGUGUGAGUGAAUACAUACACUCAAAUGUGCGCAUAUAUUUCAAGAACUCCAGUACAAUCAAACACAUCAUACAUAUGGGAUUUUUUCGUUUCACCAUGAUUGGCAUUUAAGCGAUUCGAGAUUCAUGCCAAGAUGCAAGCAAUGAAAAUAUUAAAUGUCUAAUUUUGAGGAGUCUGCGAACUGCAAACUGCGAUCUACUAUGGGAAUUGUGAGCCAAAUAACUACAACUAUUUUUAAGGUAUUUUUAGCUUCCAGUGCUUAGUUACAACGUUAUUUGCUACAAUGUCAAUCUAUAACAUCAGAUUAUGCAAAAUUGCGGCGAAACAUUUAAAUUAAAUGGAUCACUCCAAGAAUGCAGCAAAUACCAAUACUAAAAAAAAAACACUAAAUAACAACUGUGUUACAACAAUUCAAGCAGAAAUAUACAAUUUUAUGUAUAAUUAUGAUAUGAUAUGAUAAUUAGCAAUACUGGCAUACAUAAUCGUAUGAAAAAAAUAAUUUUGGGAGUAAAUUUUUUAGUUUUAAGAUUUCUCAAAUAAGUUUUUUGUUUUGAUGAAAAAGGCUUUCCCGCUCUUCACUUAAUUUAAAUAUUGUAAGAAUUAUUGCUCUGUUCAUAUCCGAUAUGCAUACAUACAUACAUACAAAUAUUGCGUUCAUAAGAGAAACAAAAAACCACCGCAACAAACAUACAUGUACUAUAUAUACACAUUUUCAUACCUACACGUAUAAUUGACUUACAUAUUCACUUUAAAGAAUUUUAAAUUCUAUCAUAAUUUAUUAAUGAAUCAAAUCACUUUAUUUACUAAAACGUUUAGCAUGAAGUCAUUUGGAUUUCAAUUACAUGUUAACGCUAUAAUGUCUAUGCUUACAUAUGUAUGUAUAAAACAUAGAAAAGAAAGCUUCUGUAUAGAAAUUUCGAUUUAUUUAUUUAAAUAAAUGGACAUUAUAAAUGCAAAUAUAUUAUUUAUUGAAUCGAUUUGAGUUAUACUUAAUUAUAUUAAUUAAUUCAAUUAUUUUGAAUCAUCAAUCAAUUAAUGAAUGAAGAAAUGCUUGGACCUACAUGCAUACAUACAUACACACACAUACUUAUAUUUAAUUUAGUAAUAUAAUUUAAAUAAUGUAACAAUCAUUAUUACUUUCAUACUUAGAAAGGCAAUCAAAGAGGACAGUCAAAUCUGUUAUGCUAACAGCCAAUAGCCAAUAGCCAAACUGGCAUAACUAACAACUAAAAACUAUUUAAAUAAGAUAUGUAAUUUAUAUAUAAAAAAAAAAAAUAAACAAACAAGCGAGCAAAAGAAAAUGCAAUCAUGUACUUUGCAAAAGAAGACGGAAUUUAAAGUACUAAUUUAUAUACAUACAUAUAUAGAAUACGAGUAUAUCUUCACUUAUCUGGUCACACUUAAACCAAUUACCUACAAACUAAAAGCAAAUACGAUACGCAAACAAACAAAAAAAUAUAGACUAAAAAAUGGUAGCAUACACACAAACAAACAAACAUACAUUGUAUUUGUUAUACAUAUUGUAUUAUGAACAUAUAAUCACUAAAACAAUUUAAAGGUUUAAAAUUAAAAAAAAAAAAAAAUACGUAACUAACUCUUUAGCAGCAACGAGCUGUAUG